CCAAAAAUAUUCUAUUUCAUUACCAUCAGAAACCAAUAAAGUAAUUACGAUCCUAAUUUCAUUUGCCAACUGUACACAAAAUGAGUGUACAACUACGUAAACCUGUUAUAAUUAGUAGAUAUUAGUAUUAAUUACAGCGUCGGGGCGGCUGCACCUAUUAACAAAUAUAUUAUUCAUAUGAUAUAACAAAAGCAGAAAUAACGUCGAUAUAAACACUAUAUUUACAUGUGUGGGUGCUUCAUAAAGAUAUAGACUAUAUAAGAUUUAGAUAGAUCAUAAUGCAAAAUUGUGAACUACAUUAACAUGUAAUACUUUCACCGUUUAAAGAUUUAGGUAUCUGUUUGUUUUUAGCCUGUGGCAUCAGUGUUCCAGAAUAAAUGGUCCCAUUAUGAUGAGGUGACUUUAAGUCUUAUGUGGUCUAGUUUUCAAUAACCUAUCUGUGAGUACAAUGUGUUAAAGAAAAUACUCAUUCAAAAUGUUUUAGGCAGACAUUGCUCUUUAACGGAUACUUAAUGAAAAUAUUUAACAUUUACUUAUAAAUAUUAACUGUUUUUUAAUGUUUAAGUAUGAAGUCUAUACGAUGCUCAAGUCUGGAUUCUGGGGCGUGGCAUUGUUUGCCCUAAACUAACGUUAUGUUGUACCAUGCCCUAUCAUUUGCACACUAGGUUUCAAAAGUCGGUCGCGUUUGUAAACUAUAAACAAAAAGAACUGCUUCGAAUAAAAAAAUUAGAGUAAAGACAAUUUUCCAACGCAAACAUGUCCAAAAUUCUACUUUUUGACAAAUCUCUCGAAAAACUCAACAUCCCAUUCAAAUACUCCGGAAUGAACCUUCAAAAUAAGAUCACUGGGCCGAUGGACAUCAUAAAACACCGAUCUUUAUACACAUUUAACACCAUGUGGAUGAUUUCUGCUAUCGCCGCUUCGAUAUACUAUAUGUAUAUCGGAAUAGUUACCGACAAAAGCUUCAUCGAAAUCACCAGUGUUGCCCCCUGUACCACAUUCUCAGUCCUUGCUUUCAUCAAAUCGAUUUCCCAUCUGGUAUACGAAGACGAUGUCCAAGAAAUCAUCGCACUUUUAAGAGGAUUGGAAAUGAAGGAAAAUGAUCGAGAAAUUAAUAAGAAGAAGCAAGAAAUAAUUGAUGAAGAAACGGGGUUCCUGAAUGCGGUGAUCAACGUACUAUAUGUAUUAAACUUUUCGAUGAUAAUCGUAUUUGACUUAACUCCUUUGAUACUGAUAGCUUUAAAGUAUCACAAGACAAAUGAGUUCGAGAUGAUGCUGCCAUACAUGGAUGUAUUUUGCUGCAUACCGAGUAAGCUCGUAUACUGGCCUUUGGCGUACAUCCAUCAGAUUUGGUCGGAAUGCAUUGUCUUACUAGAAAUGGGUGCAGCCGAUUGUUUAUUCUUCACAUGUUGUACAUACAUACGCAUACAGUUCAAACUGCUGAGCCACGACUUUGAGGCAAUAAUUUCUUCUAGAAGUAUUUCGAACGGCGUGUUCAACGAAGAGCAGUUCAGACAGGAGUUUGCUAAGCUGGUGCAAUGGCAUCAGGUUUUGAUACAUUCGACCGACGUCGUUGAAAUAAUCUACUCAAAGUCAACUCUAUGCAACUUAGUAUCUAGUUCCUUUCUCAUUUGUCUGACUGGAUUCAACGUCACGAUUGUGGACGAUAUAGAAACGAUCAUAACGUUUCUCACCUUUCUGUUCAUGGGGCUGUUGCAAGUUUUCUUCCUGUGCUUCUACGGAGAUAUGUUGAUGAGUGCGAGCAUGGAAAUCAGCAAUGCAGUGUAUUACUGUCAGUGGUAUUACGCUUAUCCGAGAGUCGUUAGAGAACUUAUUAUCGUCCAAACAAGAGCUCAACAGCCGUGCAAACUAACCGCUUCGGGAUUCGCUGACGUCAACCUGAAAGCGUUUAUGAGGGUACUUAGCUCGGCAUGGUCGUACUUCGCGCUACUUCAGACGGUGUACAGCGAUUAA